AUGAACAGCUCGGAGGUCUCCAACUUUACAAAUCAGGACUUUCGGUCGGACAAAGCUCCCAUUACUUCCUUGACUCAAGCAACCUCACCUUCGGUCGGAGGUAGGUUUACAUUUUAUCUAUGGGUAUUCGAGUCAUCUUUAUCAUUUUGGAAUCUGUUCGGUCACUUUUUCGAUUAUGUUUGAGCAAAUUUUAUAGUUUUUGGAUGAUUUUGUUCUCCUUGGUUUAGAUUUUGUAUCCUGUCGCCUUUUCUGGUCUUUCGGGAGAUAAUUACCUCAAGUGUCUGUAUUACAUGGUUUACUAUACAUUACUCAACCUUACUUAUCACUUGUCACAUGACAGUUAGUGUAAACCGAUAAUUUGAUGUCACGUGCUGCAGAACAAGUUGAUCAAUUCAGUAAUUCAUGUUGGGAGAUUUCGAUCCUCCGCCCGGUCUAGUCGCUUUUUAUUUUUUAAAUGUUUUUCGCACUGAAUGAAGGAGAAGGGCUCUCUAUCCCUUUCUCUACUUGUGGCGGACAAACGUGAAAAUAGACAAAAAAAGAAAAGAGUACACUACUUUCAUUCAGCAACAACAAUAUGAAAGAAAGAAGUCCACUGUUUUAGAGAGUUUGUUGCACUUUUAGGAGGAAUCAACUGGUAACAGAGCUGUGUCUGGUUUAGUUUAGCCACAGUGGUACUGUUUUUACAGUUUUUUUUUCGUUUUGGGACAUUGUAGAUGUAAUUUGUCUAUUUUCUGACGUUUCUUUAUUUUUUUUGGCAUUAUUUUUGAAACUUGUUGUGUAAAUAGAGGUUUUCUUGAGUUUUAACUAAAGAAACACUUUUAAAACGGGUCAACUCUCUCGCUUCUCUUGUAAAACAAUCUUCAGUCUCAUAUACAUAAUGAUAUUAUCACUUUUAGUUUCGUUUAAGGCGCUUUGGGCAUAAGAUAUACGAAGAGCGUAAAAUUAUAUUAAAAUUAACACGAAAACAUGCAUAUUUUGUCUUUUUCAAGCGAAUUUUCAUUUUUAUAUCAAAAAGUCUUAAAAUUUCACAAAAUUUGUCAAUUUGUGUAAAAUCAGUGAAGGAAUUGAAGUUAUUCUACCUUUUUCGAGUAUCUGAAUCUGUAAAUAUUUAUUUAAAAAAGCCGAGCCAUGUGUGAACACCACUGGCAAAGUUCAGGUGAGAUGCGGUUCAGCCUCACUCACCCACUUAAUUCCUCCUUGCCAUUGUUGGCAUUGCCGGGAAACGUGGGGCCCAAAAACGUUCACUCGCAGCCGACUCAGUCUGCGUGAGCCCUGCGGCGGGCGAGCCACACGGGGGAUGUAGAGGGAGGGUUGUCUCAUGUCCUCGUCCGUAAGAUAGACAUUGGCAGUUUGCCUCCCGCAACCCAUUACCUGAAAAGUCUUCCUUUUGUUGUGUGUCUCGGCCCGUUUCGGUUUACAACACUUAACACACAUUCGCUCUCUCUCUACGCUGCCUUUUCUUAUCAACAGCGGCUGGUGGCAUUUGUUCGCUAUGUUUUACACUUAAUGAAAUUCGGUGCGUCGCUUCAUCAAACGUCACUCUAAUAAAGGGGUUUCAGAUAGGAAACGUCGGGCGACGGACGAGGCUACACCCGCUGAUUGGAAGAGCGCCAGGCCCAAGCUGGAACAGACCAUGGCCGACGACGACUGGCCGUCCCAGAACUUCCGUGACCAUGUCAUCAACAGACUGUAAGUGAUUUGAUAUGAACUUUUUGUUCUUAUCAAUAAUAUUUUGUAGACUUAAGUAGGUUUUGGGAUGACUUUGUUUACGAGUUCGGUCAAAAAGUGCAUAGAACUGCCCUUUAUGUGUUUUUUCUUAAGUUUCGGAUUUAAUUUUUAAAAACGUCAUCAAGUUUAGACAGUAAUUACUCAACGAUAUUCACAUGGUAAAAUCAGAAUUGGUAUGCAAAUUUUUCAGAGAACCCGAAUUGGCACGGAAUCGCCAAAACGCCCCCAACCUUCCAGUACCCGGUGAUGCAAGACAGGUAGAGGAGUACGUGUUCCAGAAGUGCGUUAGCAAGGACGAGUACAUGAGGACAAUAGCCAAAGUAAUCAAUGCAAUAAACUGUAAUUCCAAGACGGUGGUCGUUCCUCCCGUCGUUCACAAUGGCAACGGACAAGCUAACACAACAUCGCCAGGACAAGCCGGCAACGGAAUCGGUAGUAAACCACAGGUGCGUCCUCAGGUACGUUUCGUAUCUGCAUAAAAUAUCUGUUCUAAAAGGUUAUUAACGAUUUACCUUAUGUUAGAAGUGAUUUACAUUGUAUUAGAAACCAUUUUGAAACUUAAAAACCCUAACUAUACCAUUUUAAAAAGUUUUAUGUUUUAGGUACCCCCAGACCCACGCCCAACGCACCAGCGUGGCAUGACUCUCGACUCUCAGAACUCGAGAUUCCAGACUCCACCUCUCGGUCAACCCCCUCCGGUCAUCAAUACCUCACAGCCUGUAAAUAAUAUGGUGCCGCCUCAGCUGAGUUCUCCUAUCACAUCCAACAUGCCAAACAAGAUGCCCCCUGUCCAGAAUGGUCCUCCUCAUCAGUAUGCCAACUAUGGCCAAUGUAAGUCUAAACCUUCCGAUUCAGAUUCCGUUUUAGACAAUCCCCAGAGAAUCCCGAACAAUCAGUACGGUAUGCCUGACACCGGAAUGGGUUACGGUAUGCCACACAAAGGCUACGAGACCAUCCCCAAGGUGGAACCCAACAUUCCUAUGGUACAGAGUGUAGAACAACAGCUGAUGCAACAACAACAGAGAAUGUGGACUCCGAAUGGCCCAGCCGACCAACUGACUGGUCGACCCAUCUACCCCAACCAGAUGAGUCAAGGCAUCAUGAACGACUACGAUCUUCCUCCUAACAUCGCGUGCAACUUCAAGAGGCCAGAAGACGCCAGAGCCUACGUUGAGAAGAUCCGAGCUCUCUCCAGAUACACCAACACCAUCCGCAACAUGAUUCCCUACGCCAGUGCAGAAAGCGCGGCCAAGCUACAGUUCGCGUACGAUGGAAUCACCUUCCGGAAGUACAUGAGCCCAGAGAACAUCAAAGGCAUCGAGAACUUCGUCCAGAGAGAAAUCACACAUCAACAGCCGUACCGUGACAACAUGAACAUGAACGACCAGAUGAUGGUCAAUCAACCUCCUAUGAGCGCCUACAACCCCUUCCAUGGGAUCCAGCUGGCAGCAAAGCCAAUGGCAGCAGGGCAUGCCCCCAUCCAACCCCUCCAUGAUCCCACCCCCCAAUGGUCAAUAUGCACCACCAGGAUCUUAUCCAUCUAGCUCGUCAGUCUACGGUCAGCCAACUCAACAGCCAAUCCAGUCAGGCCGGCCUUCACCCUACCCUCUACCUCACAACAAGAUGUAUCCCAACCACACGAUGAUGCCCCAGCAUCAGCAGCCCAUGAGUCAGCAGCCCCCCAACUCGUCUUAUCAACAAUAUCAGCAGUAUAACAUGCCGCCUCAACCCAUGAAUUCACAUCCCAGUCAGAUGCCGGCGAACAACGUGCCGAACCCCAUGAACAGCACGAUGAAUAUAGGAAGUUACGAAGACCCGCAACAGAUGCCCGCCUUGGAUACUCCUAACAACAUGGUACGAGGCUACAGCAACAUGAUGCCUCAGCACGGUGACGGUGACACUAGUGUAGCGGCAGCCAUGAUGAAGCUACCAGACCAAGCACGGACCGAGUUCUCCAACUUCGAGCAUAGUGUAAUGUACAACAAGGUAGAGCCCAGUGGAGAUGGAGCCAGUCUGGUCGUGGUUUGUGCUUUGAGUAGGUUAUACCGUUUGUUACUCUGUGAUAAGGUCGACAAGUUUUGGAAUUUUGAAUUAAAGCAAUGGCAUCUUUUAAAAUACAUCUUUUUAAAAAAUUAUCUUUACAAUCAUUGGUAGUACUCACUUGCACAUUUCAGAACGGGAACAAGUACCAAACCUUCGAGUUGUCGUUCCAAGGGCGUACCCAAACCAAUUGGCCACAGUUGAGAGGGACACAUUAGAUCUUGGUAUGUUUCCAAAAAUUUUCGUUUUAAAAAUAUUAUUUUAACACGAAUUUAAAAAAGAAUAAAUAGUGAGUCAAGAUUUGAAUAAUUGCCUAUUAAUGCUUGCUUUACAGACGCUUUUUACUACGACGAUCUUCUGAAUCUUAUCCACGAACAAAUCAAUAAGGCUCCGACUUCGGUUACUGACAUCUUAAAUAUCUGGGUACGUUUGUUUUGCAUCUUUGGGUACAUUUGUGGCUAAAAUCAGAGAAAAUCUGCAAAUUUAUGUAACUAUUCAGUUUUUUUGAAAUUUUUAAGGCUUUUGUUAUAAUACGCAAAAAAUGAAGUUGACGUGUACCUAACAUAUCAAAGUGAUACCUAAAUAUUCAUUUUAAACCCUUUCAAUUGAUUUAUACGGUGUGAUGUUGUAGGAGAACACAGUUAUGCAGUACAACAGUCAGCCGAUGGGAGGCGGCGGCUUCGACGACCUUCUAACUGGCACCAACUUUGGCGACAUCACAUAA